UCACAUACACUCGGGCUAUUUAUCGUGCGGAGGCUGUUUCCGGCGGACCGCGCUACGUGUGACACCGCAUCCAGUCCCCACUGCGCGGGCUUUUUAUGCUUCCGCGUUUGCGGUUUCUCAGUUGGUUCUGCCCAGCAGCGGUGGCCCUUCCCAGAGUCCCGAAAUGCCGGCCUUCCCCUGCCAUGUGCUGCUUGGCAUUAGCAGCUCUCUGGAACUGCAGAGGAAGAAUCCACACUCCCUUCACUCUGAUGUCCUUCAUGCCUCUACAGCCAGUACCACACUGGAUGGCACUGCCAAGAGUUAAACGAUCACUGAAACUGGAUGAUCAGUUUGAAGAAAAUUCAUUUAGUCCUUCAAAAACCAGAAGGAAGAAAAGUAUGACAGCUUAUUCUCCAACAACUGGAACUUAUCAAAUGAGCCCAUUUUCUUCUCCCUCAACCCCCAAAGAACAUGAGCGCGGAAAAGGACCAUCAAAUGGAAAGAAAAAACUGAAUAACCUCAGCUCACCUACAAGCAAGGAGUCCACAGCCAAAGACAGUGAUGAAUUCAUGGUGUUGCUAUCUAAAAUUGAGAGAUCAUCAGAAAAAACCAUGGAGAUAAUGAAAAAAUUAAGUAGUAUACAGGCUUUGGAGAACAACAGACAACUUGAAGAUCUUAUUGGCAUUUCCCUAGUACCAUGUUUCUUAAAAAGAGAAGUGGAGAAAACCAGAGAAUUAAUGACAGAGGUCACAAAGCAAAGGCUGCUUGAGAAGAAGAGUUCACGAAUUCCUCACAGAGAACAACAUCUUGACAGCUUUGAAUUCUUAAAAGCCAUUUUGAACUGAGUGUUACCUUCACGUCUGACAACUGUGUCAAUCUACAUGGGUACUAGUCAACCUGUAAGAAUGCAGACCAGACCGAAAUGAAGAGUCAGUGAAAGUAGACCAUUAAGUUUACAACCCAUCUUCUAAGACAAGAAACGGAGUAUUUGUGGAUUGUUCUAAAUAAGAAAAAAUAAACGAGUCCAUUGUGCACUGCCUUCUUAUGUAAAAA